AAAAAAAGGAAGUAGAAUAGCGGGAAUACUGGAGUUAUUAGGAGGUGUCAGACUUGUUCUCCGGUGACGCUCUGACGAAGAAGACGACGAAGCGUACGAGUGUGUUUUGCUAUAUACGCUUAGUUUUAGAGGUAGCUUGAUUUAAAAGUAGCGAAAGAGAAUUUGAGAGAGAGAGGGAGGCGACGAAGGGAUUAGAGAUGCUAGGACAUCGGAAGAAUAAAUGGACGGCGGAAGAAGAGGAGGCGCUUGUCGCCGGAAUAGCCAAGCACGGUUCUGGAAAAUGGGCGAAUAUCAUAGAAGAUCCCGAGUUUGCGCCUCAUCUUCUAGAUCGCACUAACAUUAACCUCAAGGAUAAAUGGCGAAAUAUGAAAAAUCGUGUGGGGAAUAUGGAGAAAUCAAUGGCACAUACACUCAAAUCUGCUCUUGUUGUUGUUAGCAACGAGUCUUCUCCAAGUAGUUCAUCAGAUAUGAUCAAUGAUACUAGGUACGUUCCAAUGGUUUUUGAGGCUAUAUCAACAAUCAAGGAUGAGAAUGGUUCUGAUCUCAAGGAGAUUCUCAGCUUUAUCGAGGAACGACAUGAGGUUCCAAAAACCAUUAAGAAACUGUUGAGUAGCAGCCUAAGAAUCCUUGUUUCUCAAGACAGACUCAAAAAGGUACGAAAUCGUUACAAAAUCUCCACAACGAAAGCUGAUAAACCAACACACAUCCUGCAUCCAAAAGAUUCCACGAACCCACCAGAGCUACCAAGCACUUAUGUGAUAUCAACAAAACUAAAAGAAUCACAGGAGAUAGAUGCAGCAGCAAAUAAAGUUGCAGAACGAAUCAAUGAGUGGGCAGAAGAAUUUGACGUCGGGUACGAGGAGCGACAAGACUUGAGGAUGUUUUUGAGUGAGUGCCUGAAAAUUCUCGUUUCUCGAGGCAAACUGGAAAAGGUACUAGAUCGCUACAAGAUGUCAGAAUUAGAAAGCAAAGUGUUGGAAAUAGCACCAGAGGUUGUAGCAAUGAAACUAGCAGAGUCAGAUAACAAAAGGUUGAUAGCAGCAGAGGCAUUGGAAGAAGAACGACGAAUGCACAAGUUGGUAGAAGAAAGCAACACGAUGCUUCAGUUAUGCUUAGAAAUCCACCAACAAUGUGCUUGUGGGGAAGAGGUUGUUCUACGGUAGUAGACGCGAGCAUAUAGUACUCGUUUGGUUCAGUUAUAGAUAAGUGAUUUCAUAUGACUUUCUAACCAACUUAGUGUGUGUGUCCAGUUGUGUUUUUGUAGAUAAGUUGUAGUGAGGAACUAAUGUUUUGUUAGUGUUUAGCAUUUUAAAUAGAGAUAUAAAUUGAUUUUUUUUUUUUCUCUAGAAAGUGAUGUGUCCGUCUAUUCUCUAUUUGAGUCUUGAGAAUGCUUUGCUACGUCAUAAAGCAUCAAAAGGUGCUGGAAAGUAUAAAAAGCUUUACAAAGAAAUUUUGAUCUAUUUUUUUCCAAUGAAAAAAAAGUUGGUAUGGUGUAAUCAUAUUUCUACUUGAAAACAACUUUGUGAUUUGAUAUAUUCUUUUACGUGUUGGUAAUGCAAUUGCGAUUCAUAAUCCUUUUUGACAUUGGUGUAAAAUAAGUUUAUUUCCAGUUUUCCACACGAGAAAAUUUUAGGAAAAAUCUCAAAUUGAAAAGGAAAGAGGAAUGUAGGGGUAAAAUUGGAAAUACAGAAAAGUGAGGAAAAGGAAAACCCUAAGGUCACAGAGAUUAAUAUAAAAAAAAAAGGGAGGAGUAUAAAAGGUGGGUAACACGUAUCGGUUCUGUCUCUCUCUACCUCAAAUUUUUUAUUUUGCAUCCUUCGAUCUCUAUUAUCUCUCUACACAACCAGAUCCGAGUUUCCGAGAUUU